AUGUACUAUUCGAAUAUCACUUCCAAUGCAACCAUCAAUCCAUUACGUGGCCCGACAAUAGACCUAGCACCAAGCCUACUAACCAACGAGACAGCCACAAAAACUGCGAAGGCGAUAAGCGAGGCCAAUAUCAAUCUACCGGCAUCGUGUAAAGUCACGCAGCCCACUGCAACAAGCGCUUUGAAUUCCACACUCUUUCCAUACUAUAUUCCAUACAACACACUACAGACUUGCGAUAUCUACGGACCUACCUGCCAGACAGGGAAUAUCACAGUCAAAGUUAGCAUACAUGGCUGUGUAUCUGCCACCACAACGUUACCGUGCUCAUCAUAUCUAUCUUCUCAAGCCCAGUAUCUCCAUUCUUUCAUACCAAACGUGCCUUCCAACGGGACUCUCCCCUGGGACUGGCAAAAGGGAUAUGGACGAAGCCCACAGUGUCGUUCGUAUGAAAGGGCCCUGACGGAGAGCGUUCCGUUUACCCUGUCCGGCUGUCCAGCUGAUAAAAUCCUUGCGGACUGGGAUCGAACAACAGCAGCUCCUAUCCCACCGAUGUAUCCACCGGCACCCGACGAUGACAGGCAUACUUCGAGGUUUGAAUGCUGUGGUAAAUGCAACAUACAUGCCCCAAUUCUAAAGGUAUACUAUUUCCCGGACCCAAAUGCAGAGUCCUACUGCCGGAAUAAGGGUCUCCGAGUCGGCUUUGCAGGGGAUCCAGCGCAGUCAAAUACUGUGCCAGAUGUCUUAGUUUCUCCAGCUAAUGGCACCGUUGCGGUAGGUAUUGUCACUGCGCCGCCCAUCACAACUGCAGUCAUAGGCAGCGUUACCAUGAUCUCGCCAUCUAUCUAUAUCUCCUUUGGAGGGGAGCUUGCAGUAGGGGAUCGCUGCGGUAGGGUCGGGCGUAACUAUAGCAGCACACUUCUCGCCUUUGCACCUGAAGAUGUCUCCACCUGGAGACUCCCCUCACUCACGGCUUCUAAGUCAGGUGGCAAGAAUGUAGUACCAGGCCUGACUUCGCAAGCACCGCUUACCAUCGCAGACCUCGAAUGCCCAUCUCUGGGGGUAUCGCCGCGGAGCAUUACCAGGUCUAUAAGUAGCAAUCAACGUAACUGGGAGUUCGUUUAUGGCUCACCAUACCACGCCCUUGUUGCGCAACUAUCUCAGAUAUUGACGUUUGAUCCAACGUGGAGCAGUAUCUGUACAGCCGUGGAUAGCAUAGGGCCAGCAGAGCAUGUGGGGCUCUUGGAUCCAGCCAGAGUAUUAAACGCCGCGGCGGUGCUGGCUGCACCGACACCAGCAACUGGAUCGGGCAAGCCAGACCCGGUGGUAGCGCCUGUUCAGAAAGCUGAAGAUGACAGGCCGCAAUCUACGCAGCGGACUGGUGAUCCAGGUGCGCAAAAGGUCGGAAGUAAUCCGUUGAGUGGUGAUGAUUCCUCUGAGAAGGGGCUCGGUGACUCAAAGGGACGAAAUGAGCAGCAAAAAGCCGGAGACUCGCCUUCGACGAACAUGGGAUCCGAAAGAGCACGAUUGAAAGAUGCUCAAUUGAAAGAAAAUGCAGAUCCUGGACCAGCAUGUGGAUCUUCCUGUAAUAAUGAGCCCACGGAAUCAAAAACAUCGCCUCAACCUCAGGCUGCUACUCAAGUUGAAUCGGGAGCCAAUAGUGAAAUAGACAACGGAGAUGCCAAUUCACGUGCUCGUUUCUCGAAUUCAUUCUUCAGGUUAUCCAAAGUAAAGGAUGGAUCAUUUGGGGCAGGAAAUAGUGGGCAAAGUUCAUCAGAGACAGGAUCGUGGCCAGCUGCUCAAGAUGUUCUAAACGGAAGUUUAGGCUCAGGCACGACUAACAAUCCUUCUAGACAAGGGAGUGAGGAGGCAGAAUUCUCUUCGUCCUUCGAUACUAAAUACCCAUUCCUAUCUGGCGCAUUGAAGUCACUGCAGAACCAGCAUACAGAUGAGGCCAACGAUAACAACUCAGAUGAGGUAGGCAAAGCGGGUGAUGACAGCUCCAAAAGCAAUUAUGAAAGUACUGGUGCGAGCGUCAAUCACGACACCGACAACAAAGCCUAUCCAAUCGAGGCCAAUGGUGCUCAGGGUUCUGUUUUGGCCGGCUCACAUUUGGGCUCGUCUAUCACUGAUAGUAACCUGCAUUCGACAAACGCUAGUAAUGAAGGCGACGGCGAUGAGAUCCCAAAUGCCACAUUAGACAGAACAUCAAAUGCAGUUCCGUUCGAGCGAAGUGCAACAGCUACGAAUAUACCACCAUCUUCUCUCUCCGACACCGAGCUCGGCUUCGGCCCCCUCAUCAAUUCCGCUCACACCAGUUCAUUCCCUACCGACUCUUUCUCCCCCUAUGUAUCCGAUUUCGAAUCCCCUUCCUACCCUGCUGCCGACUCUACGCCUAGCGUGAAAAGGGGAGCCGAUGACGGACCAGCAAAAAAUGCCGACUUUGCAGAAACAGUACCAAGAGCAGGGACAAACGAAUGGAAAGGAGUCGGACAGGAGACAAUAGCACAGACGGGGGAGGCAGCGGGACGGCUUUCCAGAGCGGAGUUGGGAGGUGUGGAGGGUUAG